AUGGCAUCGGCAGAAGUAAAAGUUGCAUUUGUCAGCAAUCACAAUGGGACGACCCUUACGGAGGUUUCGCUGGGAUCCCUCUUAGCCCCGCUGUGUUUUCUCAGCCGAGGACUCUUCCUGAUAGUCUUCCACCUUGGAAAAGGGGUUCUUCCGUUCUCCUGGGGAUCCCAUCUCCUGCUGGACUUCACAGCACUAAUAAUGCCUCUGGUCCUGUCAUGCACCGCACUGAGCGACAUCCUUCACUUUGUCAUCAUGGGCAUCGCUGUAGUUGACUUAGUUGUCCUCUACCUCGUUUACAAGAACGGAAAGCAUCCGAGCGUUCAAGGUUCCCUUUACAGUACAAUUGACAGGUUUGUGCAAAGCAGAGUAGAAUCCAACCUGGUCCCGUUUGUGACCGUGUUUCGGGUUCUGGUCAACGUGAAGACCGCCAUAAGCAUUUUGGCUGUUGAUUUCAGCGUCUUCCCAAGACGUUAUGCAAAAACAGAGAUGUAUGGAACAGGGGUGAUGGAUUUCGGCGUCGGAGCGUAUGUAAUGGCCAAUGCGUUGGUGUGUCCCGAAGCAAGAGGAAAGGACAUUCAAGGCUCGAAGAUCAGUCAUGGGUUUAAACAGUUGAUUUCCGUCUGGCCGUUGGUCUUGUUAGGGUUUGUGAGACUUGCGAGCGUCAAAUCAUCAGGCUACCACGAGCAUGUGACAGAGUAUGGAGUUCACUGGAACUUCUUCUUCACGCUAGCCAUCGUCAGAGUGGUGGCGUCCGCACUUCUGGCUCUUUUUCCUGUGGACGCCUCAUGGCUUCUUGCUCUUCUCAUUGGUGGAACCUACCAGGUUGUUUUGGAGACAACAGGUCUGAAGUCCUUCCUCAUUCACAAUAGCGAGCGCACAGGCUUUCUGCAGGCAAACAGAGAGGGCAUCGUCUCAGUUGUGGGUUACAUCGCCAUCUAUAUGGCUGGGGUUCAGGUUGGCCGUUACCUCAUGCAGAGCAGAAAUUUGGUUAAAGACUGGAUCAGAGUGAUCCGUAACCUUCUGUUAACCAGUUUUGGGUUGUUCUUCAGUCUUUACAUAUGCCAGAUAUGCACUGAGCCAGUGUCACGCAGAAUGGCCAAUCUUUCCUUCUGUAUUUGGACUGUAGCACAAGCUUUAUUCUUUCUCUCAUGCCUCAGCAUUGGUGAUUUACUGCUACUUUUUUCUAAAGCCAUCUCUAAUUUUUCAUUUGUGUCUGCAUCGUGGUGUCCGUAUCAAAACAAGAAGUCAUUACCAGAUGAGAAAAUGAGAAAAAAUAUGGAUGCAUUAUGCCUCGUACAGUCUGUUAACCGGAAUCAGUUGUUAUAUUUCCUACUUGCAAAUACCAUGACUGGUUUGACCAAUGUGUUAAUCGACACUCUGAACAGCAAUGAUGUUUUAGCUGUAAGUGUUUUGCUCUUGUAUAUGUUUAUGAAUAGCUUAGUCAUAUUCAUAUUGCAUAUCAAUAAAAUAACCAUUAAGUUCUGGUAAACACCCUUUCAUUUAGUUUUUUUUUUUUUGAAUGGCUCUCGCAAAACUGCUGUAAAAUACACUGUAUAUUGUUUGCAUAGUUCAAAUAAAAUUGAAUGUGUAAUUUGUAAAUAUACUGCU